UGUCUGGUAUUUAGAUGGCAUAAAAACAAGGAAUGUAAACAAUAAAAAAGCAAUUUCCAGUAGAAGGAAGUCAUUUAUAAUCGGGUGGGAGGGUUUUAAACUAGAAUUAAACCACCAGAAUAUUUUGAUCAGUUGAAGCAGAAGCUGGACGUUAAGCAUCACCAGAGAAAGAUGUCAAAUGUGAGUGUGAAUGACAACUGUACGGAUGUGGAUCAUGCCAUGAAGCGCUACUAUCUGCCCGUCAUGUACAGCUUCAUCUUUAUCUUGGGUGCGCUGGGGAACGUCACGGCUCUGGUGGUCUACCUGCUUAAAGUUCGUCCCUGGACCAACAGCACCAUCAUCAUGGUGAAUCUUCUCAUCACCGAUCUCCUGCUGAUGGUCAGUCUUCCCUUCCUAGUGUACUACUACACCCUAGACGACACCUGGACUCUCGGGAUCCAAAUGUGUCGCUUCAUUCGCUUCAUCUUUCACUUCAAUCUGUACGGCAGCAUCCUCUUCCUCACCUGUCUGUCAAUCUUCCGUUACGUGGCGGUGGUGCAUCCAUUAAAGAGAGAGAACAUUAAGAGGAAACGCUGGGGUGUUCUGGCCUGCGUGGUGGUCUGGACUCUCGCGGUCGCUUUGAUAUCGCCCAUGUUCAACUUGUUUGAAUUGAAAGUGCAAAAUAACAAAACCGUCUGCCCGGAUUACGCCAGCAGCGAGAUAGAUUUCGUCUGGAAGUACAGUUGGGUGAUGACUGUGCUGGGAUACGUAACGCCGCUGAUCGUGGUGUGUCUAUGUUACUGGCGUAUCAUGAAGGUGUUAGCCAAGGGUCCUCACACCGGAAGCGCCAUACGCGUCAGAGCCAGAAGAGUCAUCGUGUUGAUAUUAACCUGUUUUAUUGUGUGUUUCUUACCUUUCCACGUCUUGCGAGCUUUGAGAAUCUACACAAGAAUCAUGACGGACGUCACCUGCAUGCUGGACAAGGGUGUGCACGCGGCGUAUGUGGUCUCUAGACCCAUCGCUGUCCUUAACAUUGUUUUUAACAUGAUGUUGUAUACGCUGUCGGGGGAUUCCUUUAAACAGGCAUUCGUGGAACUCUUCAGAUGUAAAAAAAUCGCAGAAAAGACUAAAUACAUCUUAAAUGUAGCUGUCAUCAGCAAACCCACAACCGAUUCACAUUAACAGCAUUAAAAUAAAUAUUUAUUCUUCAUGUCAAACACGCACAAGUGUAAACGCAGCCUAACCUCUUAAUAAUUUCUUUAUGUGUAGCAACUGUGUGUUUUUAUGCUUUACAUACUAAUUUAAAGUAAUACUUUUGGACGGCAGGGUUGAGAGUUACAUUAUUACUGUUUAAGGAAAUAAUGGCAUGCAUGCACUUUUGGUUAGUAUAUAAAAUUUGAGCUCUGUGAUUUUGUUUUAAUGUACAAUAACAUAAUGAUUUGUGUUAUUGCAUUCACAGAAUAUGAUCUUACAUAAGCUCUGAAUGAAGAAUGUCUGUCUUGAUUGUUUCCUCCAUUAUUAUCGUCAUGUGUGGGUCUAUUGUUUAUUGAAGUUCAACGGUAAAAGCGGAGGAAGGAAAGACAAGAUUUAGUUUCAGUUUAUUUAAUUCCUUGUUUCUAUGAUAUUAGCUUUGUCUGACAUCAACUAAAACUAUGCCAACUAUGCAAGUGAACAAAUGAACACUGUUGGUGAACAUUAGAGAAC